AUGAGCAGCAAACAAAGGGACGUGAACAGAUCUGAAAUUGUUCUCACCCCACUGCAAGCAUCUCUGUGUGCCGUUGUCUGUGUGUUACUUCUGCAGGAGCAUGUCAUUUGCUGUCCUGCCGUGUGCCAUAUCUGCUCGGAAAAACAGGUGAACUGCCGUGGCUUGGGCCUAGCCACUGUGCCAAGAAACUUUCCCAAAACAACCACUCUCAUAUAUCUGAGCGGCAAUAACAUUACAAAUGUGAGCCCUAACGAACUCGCUGAUCUAAAGGAGCUAGCCGUACUCUAUUUGGACAAUUCCAAAAUUGUUUACAUACAUCCUAAGGCAUUUUCAUCCUUGAGAAAACUUUACUACCUGUACCUGAAUGAUAAUUAUAUUCAGCACUUAGAUGCUGGGAUAUUCGAUGUACUCUUGGAUCUUCAGUAUUUGCACCUUCAACAAAAUCACAUCUAUUUCCUUGCUAUGGGAUUGUUUAAACAUCUUAAAUCUGUCCGACACUUAGCGCUUCAAAAAAACAGACUGAGUGUCCUUGGCAGCGAUUUAUUUUUGGGGAUGGCUAGCCUUCAUACUCUAAAUUUAGCUAACAACAAUGUCUCACGGAUAUCUGACUCUGCAUUCCGUCACCUAGAAAACCUAGAAAAUCUAUACCUCGAAGGCAACCGUUUAAUGCAAGUCCCAUCCAGUGCUCUGGGAUUACUGACAGGUCUCAAAAGACUUUCCCUGUCGAAUAACCAGAUAGAAUCAAUACACAAUUUUGCCUUCAGAAGGCUUAACUCAUUACAGUAUUUGUAUUUUGAGAAUGCAAGUAUCCACACAAUCAGUGACAAGUCUUUUAAUGGGCUGAAUAAUCUCAAGCAUUUAAUUUUAAGUCGGAACGAGCUACGCACCCUUGACUCAAAGACUUUUACUUACCUGAAUCACUUGACCUACCUGCAGUUGGACAGAAAUGGCAUAAUGGCUAUAUCUGAUGACACAUUUGAGAAGAUGGGAGCUUCAUUGAAAGUUCUCAACCUUGCAUUUAAUAACCUGACGUCUCUCCAGCCUCGAGUGCUCCAGCCUCUUGUCUCUUUAACCUACUUUCAAGCCAGUUACAAUCCAUGGCACUGUGCAUGCAAUUUGUUAGGACUCAGAAGCUACCUCUUGUCGUCUUCAUAUAGAUUCAGUAUUCAUUGUGAAACUCCGCUACAGCUUCGAAACAGGCCACUGGGCAAUGUGAAAUUGACUGAAUUUGAAAACUGCAUGGCCACCACCCCAAGCACAUUACCGAAGAAGACCUCUCAAGGGUAUUCGUCAACAACUGAGUCGAUGCACAGCCAUAGGCAAAGCACACAUGAAACGUUAUCGAAACAAUCAACCGUUUUGGAAUCCAGUAGCAAUACACAGAGCAGUAUACUUCAUAGCACUACCGAGCGGCCACAUAGCGAGAUACCGCUACAGUUUCCACCAGUGAAUUUCACCAGUAGGGGUGAUGGUCAGCUGCCCAUAGAUAUUGUCACAGUUUCCCUCAAGCCAAUUGUUAUAUGUCAGCAGAAGGCUGAAAGUCUAAACCAGUCCGUUCACAUUCUGCUCUCAUUUUUCAUACUGUCUUGUGUUGUCAUUGUUUUUCUUAUAACUAAAGUAAUUCAGCUGAAGAGGAGACUUCAGACUCCUGAACAUCAAGGAGACAGUGUGCUGGAGUAUUACAGCUGCUACCAGUCUGGCAGGUACCACAUGACAGAUCCUGCACGACUUACACCUCAGAACUCAUUGUCAAGUCCUGAAAUUGACUUAAUAAGGCCGCUCAAACAGUCCCCAUCAGAUGCCAAGACCCAGGUCAUCCUGUUUGAGCACUCUGCUGUCUAGGCUGAUUUCAGCUUGACGGUAGGGAAAUGUUCUGUACAACUUGUACUUUAUUUUAUGAUCAUUGUUACAGUGGUAAAAAGUUGACAGAAUGCUUUCAAAAGCACCAAAUCUCAAGACACAAACUUAAAAAUGGCAGCUUGGUUGUGCUGGGAAAUAAUCGUCUUGUGCUGGCUACAUGUGAGACCUUUCUCUGUCCGCUAUUCAGUUGGGUGUGACUGUAUGCUGAUACGAUCACCGACUACAGGGUUUUUGAUUCAUCAUCACAGUUCUAUCUUAGGCUUUAAUGGAAGCUGACACCAAGGAUUUUUGGCUAUAGCAAAUGCUCCUAGAAGGUGAUGAAUUUCAGCAAAUUCCUGCAAAUCCAAGAGUCAAGACUUACCUGAAUUUUCCUGGGUAUUGUACAAAGCGCAAACCGUUUGUAGUAAGGUGAUUGGCUGCAUUCUCAUUGUUUCAGUCCUCAGUAGGGCUGUCCUCCAGCAGCUGCACUUUAAUAAUCCUGUUUUUCUCCUGUUCUAUCAGUAUGACACCAGAGCAGAGUAAAGUAUGUAUCCAGUUGUUUACAAGUGAUCGUACUUUGGUCUAUAUACUGUAUCAUAAUAAAAUGUGUUACUUCUCUAUGUUUACAUUGUGUAGUACAUUAUAGCAGAUUUAAGAAUUA